AUGUCAAAGGUAACCCAGUUCUUAAAAGACGUCUUUGUCCCCGUUCCUCCUGUGAAGCCUGCGGGUAAGUCACAGGAGGGCAGAACUGUCGAAAUCGCGAGAUCGACUUCUGCUCCUGUUGACGGACAACCGGUGAAGGACGAAAAAAACAUUGUUAACUUCGAUUUGCAGACAGAUAUCUCCUCUGAGGUGGACAUAUAUGAUGUUGGCCACACCCACAGAAGUUUGAAGAACAGACACAUCCAGCUUAUUGGUAUUGGGGGCACUAUUGGUGUCGGCUUAUUUGUGAAUCUGUCAACGCAGCUACACAAGAGUGGACCACUAGCCCUAUUUUUGGGCUGUGUAGUUUGGAGUCUGCCUAUUUUGGCCGUCACGGCAGCCUGCGCAGAGAUGGUGUGUUAUUUGCCAAUCCCAUCGCCGUUUAUCAGAUUAUCGGAGAGAUGUGUUGACGAGGCUUUGAGCUUUAUGACAGGAUGGAAUUUUUGGGUCCUUGAAUGUGCGUUGAUUCCAUUUGAGCUCACGCUGUUCAACACACUGAUCCACUUCUGGAGAAACGACUACUCUCCUGGCAUUCCUAUUGCUAUCCAACUGGUGUUGUAUUUUUUGAUCAACAUCAGUGCGGUGAAAUAUUAUGGAGAAACCGAAUUUUGGCUGUCGAUUGGAAAAGUGAUCUUAGCUCUGGGACUCAUGAUGUUCACCUUUGUCACCAUGGUGGGGGGUAAUCCUAUCCACGACGUGUAUGGAUUCCGCAAUUGGCAGCCCCCAAUCGCCGAAUAUAUCCACACAGGUGACCUUGGCCGCUUCCAAUCCUUUUUGGGAGCCUUGAUUACCUUCUCGUACCUGAUUGCUGGACCUGAAUAUGUCUCUAUGUCUGCUGGUGAGGUUGUGAAUCCAAGAAAGAUUCUCCCGUCCGCAUUCAAACAGGUGGCCUACAGACUGACUAUUUUCUUUGUCGGAGGAAGUCUUGCCAUGGGCACUGUGUGUCCUUGGAAUGACCCUAAUCUGGUGGCAGCCAUUGAGAAGGGAACUGCGGGCGCAGGUGCCUCUGCUUAUAUCAUUGCUAUGAACAACCUAAAGGUGAGAGUUUUACCGCACAUUGUUAACGCGUUGUUACUCACUGCCGCCUUCUCUGCAGGCAACUCCUACACCUACUGUUCUUCCAGAAGUCUCUACGGAAUGUCGCUAGAAGGCAAAGCUCCAAGGUUCUUCUCGUACUGCAACAAGGCCGGUGUGCCAAUCUACGCGGUUUGUUUGUCGCUAUGUUGGGGAUUCCUUGCAUUCCUACAGCUGGGCGAGAAUUCUGCUACUGUGCUCUCUUGGAUAGUCAACCUCGUGACAGCUUCCCAGAUGAUCAACUUCCUGAGUAUUCUUGUUACCUAUUUGCAUUUCAGAAGAGCAGUCUCGAAGCAGGGCAUCGACAGAGAGGCCUUUCCAUUUAAGGCAUGGUGGCAACCAUACAUUUCCAUUGCAGCCUUCAUUGCUAUCUUCUGCAUGGUUUGGGUGCAAGGCUAUGAGGUGUUUUUGCCAGGAGACUGGUCUGUGGAAACGUUCCUUUUCUGCUACCUCAUGAUAUUCGUCGACGCAGGAUUGUACCUAUUUUGGAAGAUAUUCAAGCGGACCAAAUACGUGAAUCCGCUGGAUGCAGAUUUAGUGAGUGGCCUUGAGGAAGUCGAGGCGCACGAGAGACACUUGGCCCGUAUGGUAGAGAUCCACGGAAAACCAGUGAAACGCUGGUACAACCGGAUCGUUGACUUCUUGUUUGGCAACCAAGACUAG